GCCCCCGCCGGAGCCGGCCAUCCUCCUCUCCCCAGGAUGUGGCACAACGUCGGGAUGACGCUGCUCGUGUUCGUGGCCACGCUGCUGAUCGUCGUGCUGAUGAUGGUGUGCGGUUGGUAUUUUGUAUGGCAUCUCUUUUUACUAAAAUUCAAGUUUCUCCGGGAACUGGUGGGAGACACAGGAUCCCAAGAGGGAGAUCACGAGCCUUCAGGGUCUGAAACUGAAGAAGACACUUCAUCCUCUCCACACAGGAUCAGAUCUGCUCGCCAAAGGAGGGCACCUGCCGAUGAAGGCCACUGACCCCAGGCAUCAUCCUUUAGUAGUGAAUGAUGAAAGGCAGUUGUCAGCCUUUGUCUUUAGUGACUUGGCUUUGAAAUUUACUAAAUGACUGAAGGACAUUUGUACUUGGAUUUUAAGUCCACUUCAAAAGAUUUACAUUUAAGCCAUAUAAAAAUAAGGGAAUUAAAACCAAAUUGGACCAUUGCAAAUUUAAUCUUAAAGGUAAUCUUUUGCUUCACUAGCUUUUUACUUAACACUUAUUCCUUUGUUCUUGGGCUUAUUUUCUUGCAAUGGUGCAAAUCUGGUAAACAUUACAGGCUUGAAAAGCCACAUUUUAUUAGUCCUACGAUGUGUACUUUUUUCACAUUUUAACUUGUCUGAAAUUGGGAUGCAUCUCAUUACUGUCAACUAGGUGAUAGUUAUGUAAUUAUACUACCUUGUGCGUGUGUGAAUUUACAGCUUGUCAUAGUGUCAUUACUUAAACGAACAUGUGUAUUGUUGGUAUCAGAUGUGUCCAGUUUAAUUGGCAUUUUAUAAUGUCUUCAAAAAGAUUACACUAUGAUUCAGCAUUGACACGAAAAGUUAUUGCAUAUGCAGAAAAGCAUGGAAACAGAGCAGCAGGGCAUACCUUUAACAUUAGUGAAGCAAAUAUCUGUCAUUGGAGGAAUAACUGAAAUUCUAUAUUUUCUUGCAAAGAAACAACAAAAUGCUUUACAGGACCUAGGAAAGGAAGAUACCCACAAGUAUAUGAAGUUGUACUACAUUUUGUCAGUGAAACACGUGCAAAAGGAUUGUCUGUCACACGUCAAGCAAUGCAGUUGAGGGCGGGAGAAAUUGCCAAAACUCUCGGAAUUGAUGAAACAAAAUUCAAAGCAAUGAGAGGCUGGUGUGACUGAUUCAUACGUUAAGAGGGACUGUUGUUAAGGCAUCAAACAUUAUUUUGUCCAAAACUUCACACUGCCAUUAAGCAGAAAACAGUGGUAGAGCACUCUUUCAAGAAACGCUGCAUACCCAGUGUGCUUCACGACAUGGAGAGAGAUGUGUGGGAAAAUGCAGACAUAGAUGACUGUGACUUGAAAAGUGAUUCAGAAGAGUUGGACUCGGAAUAUGAAGUUGUAAUUAUAACUUAACUGAUUUAACACAUUUUCUUUACAUAUGCACAAGAGUGAGUGAUAAAAAUCUGUUUAACUCUAAAAGUGCUGUUUCAAUAAAUAUAAAAUAAAUAUUUUCUGUGAUGCGAAA